CCGCGGCGGAGGCGGGCGGGCAGCGGUGGGUGCAGCCAGGCCCUGUGUCUCUUUACAGCGAUUGUGUGCCGGAAACAUGGCCACGGACUGGCUGGGGAGCAUUGUGUCAAUUAAUUGUGGAGAAAGUUUGGGAGUCUACCAAGGACGAGUGUCUGCUGUGGAUCAGGUCAGCCAGACCAUUUCCCUGACGCGGCCCUUCCAUAAUGGGGUCAAGUGCCUCGUGCCAGAAGUCACCUUCAGGGCAGGUGACAUCACUGAGCUGAAAAUUCUGGAGAUCCCAGGGCCAGGGGACAGCAGACAAUGCGGGGACCUGCAGCAGACGGAAAUGAGCAUCCCUGGGGUGGGAUGCCAAGUGGGCCCCAGUCAGAAUGGCACUGGGAAAGUGGUAAAGAAGCCAGUCUCCAGCAGUGCCCCACAGAAUAUCCCAAGGAGAACAGACAUGAAGAAUCAGGACAUCAUCAUCUCUCCCCAGCAGCAGUGCUCCAAGAGCUACAUGGAUCGACACGUGGAGACGUUGACUCAAUCCAAGGGCUUCCGGCGUAGACACAAUUCCUGGUCAUCCAGCAGCCGUCACCCCAACCAAGUGACUCCGAAAAAGAGCGGCUUGAAAAACGGGCAGAUGAAGAGCAAAGAUGAUGAGUGUUUUGGGGACGACAUCGAUGAAAUCCCCGACACGGAUUUUGAUUUUGAGGGGAACCUGGCCCUUUUUGACAAAGCGGCCGUGUUCGAAGAGAUUGAAACGUACGAGCGGAGGAGCGGCACUCGGUCCCGGGGCACCCCCAAUGAGAAACCAGCUCGUUACCGGCACGAUGAGAACAUCUUGGAGUCGGAGCCCAUAGUCUACAGAAGGAUUGUGGUACCCCAAAAUGCUAACAAAGAAUUCUGCACGGACUCCGGGUUGGUGGUUCCGAGCGUGUCGUACGAACUGCACAAGAAGCUGCUCUCGGUUGCGGAGAAGCACGGGCUGACUCUGGAGAGGAGGCUGGAGAUGACAGGAGUCUGCGCCAGCCAGAUGGCCCUCAGCCUCCUCGGGGGACCCAACAGGUUGAACCCGAAGAACGUGCAUCAGCGGCCCACGGUGGCCCUGCUGUGUGGCCCCCACGUCAAGGGGGCCCAGGGGAUCAGCUGUGGGCGACACCUCUCCAACCACGACGUCCACGUCAUCCUCUUCCUCCCCAACUUUGUCAAGAUGCUGGAAUCCAUCACCAACGAGCUGAACCUUUUCAGCAAGACUCAAGGCCAGCAGGUCUCCAGCGUCAGAGAUCUCCCAGCCACCCCCGUCGACCUGGUGAUCAACUGCCUGGAUUGUCACGAAAAUGCCUUUUUGAGAGAUCAGCCUUGGUACAAAGCCGUGGUGGACUGGGCCAACCAGAACAGGGCCCCCGUCCUCAGCAUAGACCCCCCCAUCAACGAGCUGGAGCAGGGCAUCGAUGCCAAGUGGUCGCUGGCCUUGGGCUUGCCCUUGCCCUUGGGCGAGCGGGCCGGGCGGGUGUACCUGUGUGACAUUGGCAUUCCCCAGAAGGUCUUUCAAGAAGUGGGAAUAAACUACCACUCGCCCUUCGGCUGCAAAUUCGUCAUCCCCCUGCACUCUACUUAGAGCCCCCCCUUCCAGCUCUUGAAGGGAGAGAAAAGAGAAGGAUUAAAAAAAG